UGACGUCACCUCGCGCGUUGCGCAACAAUGGCCGAGUGGGCCGAGGCGGACGGCGCCGCAAGUGGAGGCGGCGGUGAGGUCUCGCGCGAACACAGAACCCCGGACCUUUACAUUUCGGGGUGGAGGGCAUCACGGAGGCGACACGGAGACACCGGGAUAUUGGGGCGGGGGCGGGGGGAGCCGUUUCUCUUCGGACACUUGGUUCCUCCAGGGCUUUUGGGUGCUCCUGCUGGUGCCAACUUCAUGUGGUGACACAUUCUCCUCCUGCCCCUCUACUUCCACCAACACUGAACUCACUGCUCUCUCGGCGCGAGAGGCCAUGGUGCCGCUGCUGGGUUUGUCGUUUGCUGGCUCGGGCUUCCUGGGCGUGUACCACCUGGGCGCGGCGAGCGCGCUGCUGCGGCGCGGGCGCCGGCUUCUGGGCGCCGUGGACGCCUACGCGGGGGCCUCGGCCGGGGCCCUCGCCGCGGCCGUCAUGGUGACCGCGCCGCACAGGAUUGCGGACUGCACGGAGUUCUCGUACAAGUUUGCGGAGGAGAUCCGCUCCCAGCACCUGGGCGCCUUGACCCCCGGCUUCCCCUUCAUGCAGAAGCUUCGCGAGGGCAUCGAGUCGAUCCUGCCAAGCGACGCGCACGAGCGCGCGGAGGGGCGACUUCACGUGUCCAUCACGAGCGCACGCACGCGGCGCAACCGCCUCGUGUCGCACUUCAGCUCACGCGACGAACUCAUGCAGGUACUGCUGGCCAGCAGCUUUGUUCCUGGUUACGCGGGGCUCAGCGCCGUGGAGUACCUGGGAGAGAAAUGGUAUGACGGCGGCUUCACGGACAGCCUGCCACACCUGCCGGGUGGGCGCACCAUCACCGUGUCGCCCUUCAGCGGCAAGCAUGACGUGUGCCCGCACGACCCCAGCACCAUCGAGCUCUACGCCACUUUCGCCAAGCAGGACAUUAUGGUGAAUCUGCGGAACCUUCGGAGGGCGAACCUGGCCCUGUUCCCGCCGGCGCGCGAGGAGCUACGCGCGUUCUACGAGCAGGGCGCGAGCGACGCUACGCGCUUCCUUCAGCGCGAGGGCUGGCAUGAGGAGGAAGGCAACGACGAUGGCGGGGGGGGCGGGGGCCUCAGCCAGACCACCAAGCCCGACCUUUGAACCCGAUGAAGGGCCCCCACUCGUCGCCCACCUCCACCCCGCGAUGGGCUGUUGGCAGGCUGAAGGUUACCUGAGAAGAUGUAAUCCAGAAUGGGUUGCCUGUGUGGGUGUGUGUGCUUAUGUGUGUAUAGUCUGAACCGGUCCUGGGUCUCCCCUAGGUCGACUCAUCCUCAAAUGGAGUACAUCGUGCUGUGUGUAAAGAUCACCACUAAGGAGACAAAGGUGGUUGGGCGUGGUGCCAGCCACUGCUCCAUUGAGUGCCAUGCCGCCCUUCAUAGGUGCUCGUUAACAGCGGUUGCCCCAGAAGUCUGCUACACAGGGGAUCUUUGUCUUUAUUAUGGAGUGAUAGGGCAGUGGUUAGUGCACUGAGCUAUGAAUCUAGCGACCAGAGUUCGAUUCUCACUCGCGAUCAAUAACAGUUUCAAAUGUUUAUACUGGGCCUCCCCUAGAUGUGCCCAGCCUCAAAUGAGUAACUAACUGGUACAAUGAAUAAACAUCGCCACUGGGGAGACAAAGGUGGAUGGGUGUGGUGUUGGCCACCUACUCCCUCGUGUACCAUGCCGGCCUUCAUAGGUGCUUGUUCACAGUGCAUGCCCCAAUGCCCAGUUAAAGGCUAUACCGGGAUCUUUAUAUAUGUGUAUGUCUGCAUCAUUGUCUUCAUGGUUUCCCACUCAAAACGACGGUCACCUCUUUACAACCAUGAGAUAGUGAACAUUCCAGAUUCUCAUGGCAGGGGUGAGUGAAAAAAAAAAGGAAUAACCACUGGACAUAUGACAAAAUAGUACUCAUUUCAAUCACCCUGGAAGUAUGAUGGGCCGAUUCAAACGCGAUGGGUAUUUGAACGCCCAAACUUUCCAGCUGUGAGUUGGAUCAUCUUUAAUCGGAGUGAAUCCUAUACGCUGUGAUCUAAUUACGUCACAAGUGCAUUAGCGAAGGGAUGCUAUUAUUGAUCGGUCUGCCAUGUAGUAGGGCAUUGCAAGGUAUUGCGAGAUCUUCUCAUGAUGCUGUGUAGCAGGAGGAUCCCCCAGUAACCACGCCAGCCUCACCUGACCAACAUUAAACCAGGGAGCCACAAGUGUUAUUUUGAUGGUGUCAGAUCGUGGAUCGGUGUCUUGCGCAAAACAAAAGCAGCGUUUUAUUCACUUUGUUUGGCACUCCAUAUUUCAUCUCGACAUGGAUUGAUCACCCAUGUAAAUCAAUGUCUUAAGUUUCAAAGCCAGCUGCUGGCUUGAGAGCAUGGCAAGUUUGGAAUGCCACUCGUGCCCUUGGAAAAUGCUCGCAGGAAACUCGAGUACACAGACUCACGAGACUCAUUUAGAGAGAGACUCAUAGAGAGAGAGGCCCAUAGGCUCGCGGUGAAUAUGAGUUUAUGAUGUGUGCCCACUGUUGCUGAUGUAUUGCCGAUGUGUUAUUGGUGGGCCAUAUGAUGUAAGGCAGCCCUCCCUCCCUCCCUCUGCUUAUGUGAGAGCUUCCUGGUGGCUGGGUGAUGGUGGUGGUCUCCUCUGAUGGGGAGGGGCUUAUUCGGAACGAUGUUCGCUUCCUCAGUCAUCCCACCACUGGACUUUGAUGCUGCCCAGGCAUACGGCUGAGUCUUUUUGCGUUGUUGCAGAUAGCUUUUUCGAUUUUUUUGGACCGUUUACAAUUUACAUAGGGGUUAGAAUUUACGUGGUUUGUUUCAGAUUUUACACAAAUGUUUUGGUUCUAAUUUAUUGUGAGUGCUUAGUGUGUUUAAUAUUCAUUGUCUAAAACAAAUACAAUGACUCUUCCAUGGUGGUUAGCUGACACGGAAUUGCAGCUUUUGGCUGUAGAGAGACGGGUUGUGUUGAAGGGGGGGGGACCCCCUAUCGAAGCAGUUAUGUGGUGCCGACCUCUGCAAGGGUUUUUCCGCUUCGCAUAGGCGCGAGUGUCUGCUGCCUGUAAGCGGUAAAUUAUAAGCGGGCAUUCGCGCACCCAGUGCCUUAACUUUAACGACAUGAUUUAUACCAAAAUUGUGCAUUAAGAUGCAUAUAUAUCUUUUAAAAAUUUUCAUAUUAACUAUGUGAAGAGCUAAAAAAAACAUACGUUCUGAGCUUUCAAAUCAAAGGUCAAAGUGAGAUUUUUCGUGAAUCAAACAAGCAAUCGGGGGCCUGGUGCUCAUCUCUAUUUUGACAGUUUCUAAGCCAGUGGUGUAAAUUCCUCCGAGAGCAGGAUGCUGAUGAUGUCGGCGCUGCUGUGUGGGUCUCGGUCGUGGGCACUUUUGAAGGAGGCCUCGAACACACUACACGUUUUACACGUGCGAUGAUGCCAGGGACAGAAUCGUCCAUUAAUGCUAUAUUGUCAGAACAUUUAAUUGUUUGUAACUACACUCUGCUCUGUAUAUAACACGCUGGUUAUUACGCUCCUGAAGAACACCGCGUUAUGGGAAAAAAAUGCGUUAUAGCAUAUAAUAUAGGGUAAAAGCACAGUCUGCAAUAACACAUGAGAUGCAUACGCAGGCUGAGCAAAGACCAAGGUGCGUGGGUAGCAUCUCGAAGCAUCCAGCAGCAUAACGCUACUACGCCAAGGCAGCCGUACAACCGCUUAUUCCUACUCGCACGACACAGUUCUGAUCGCUCGAUCGUGAUAUAUUCGCGUUAUGAAAAAAAAUGCAUUGUAGGAGAACGGACUGUACGAGCAAGCCACAUGUCCUUUGGACGUGAUCGUCUGUCCGGCUCUCCCAGCCAGCAAAAUUUAUAUUCUUAUAUUUAUAUAAGA